AUGUUUGACUACAACCAGACAAGGGUUACAGAAUUCCAGCUCUUGGGAUUUCCUAAUCUUUACAAAUUGAGGUUUUUGCUGUUUAUGUUGUUACUUGCAAUUUAUAUUACAACUUUAACAGGAAAUCUUGUGAUUAUCACAAUGGUAUCAACAAAUCACAAUCUGCAAUCUCCUAUGUACUUCUUUCUUAGUCAUCUUUCAUCCACUGAAAUAAUGUCCACCACAAACAUUAUCCCAAAGAUGCUCCAGGUCCUACUGCUUGAAGCAAGCACUUUGUCUUUUACUGAAUGUAUGACCCAAUUUUACUUUUUUUCUGCUUUAACAAAUACAGAAUGUUUCCUACUUGCAGUCAUGUCCUAUGACAGAUAUCUAGCAAUCUGCAACCCACUACGAUAUACAUCCAUUAUGAACUUUAAGCUUUGUCUAUACCUUGUUUUUCUAUCAUGGUUUUCAGGAUUGUUUGUAACACUGAUAAUUACUAAUCUAAUAUCUAAACUGCACUUUUGUGGACCAAAUAUCAUUGACCAUUUUUUCUGUGAUCUUUUUCCUUUACUUAAACUUUCAUGUUCAGACACAUUCAUGGUGGAAAUUCAAGCUUCAGUAUUCUCAGUACCUGUUAUUGUCAUUCCAUUUAUCUUUAUUACUGCAUCUUAUAUUAUUAUAUAUUUGGCUAUAAUCAAAAUCUCCUCUUUGGAGAGGCAAAAAGCCUUCUCCACUUGCAGUUCCCAUUUGGUCGUUGUUUGUACAUAUUAUGGAACACUCAUAAGUGUCUAUUUAGUUCCAUCAAAAGGAGACUCUGUCAAUAUAAAAAAGGUUCUAUCUUUGCUCUACAUUGUGGUGACACCACUGCUCAAUCCCAUUAUAUACAGUCUGAGAAAUAAAGAAAUUAAACUAGCAAUAGUC